CUCCUUUCUUAGCGUUUCCGAACAGCGCUUCUCGGACGGGGGAUAGGGACGACGCCGAUACCCGCGUAGGAGCAGGCCGCUCUCGGCAGACUAGCCCCGGGAAAGGAAUCUACCCCUGAAUAGUGACCAUUUCUCUAAUAACUCGACAAUAAAAAAAAGAAAAAAAAGAAGAGAAACACGACCGCCAUCGACCAUGAGUGCAAGCGGCGGCGGCGAGGAUUUCCCUCCCCUAUCCAUCGAAGGCCUAACGCUGAAGCGGGCCUCGGUGGAGGACGUACCCGCGAUAAAGAAAAUAAUAGACGCCGCAUACACCAAAUACAUCCCACGUAUCGGCAAGCCACCAGCGCCUAUGCUAGCAGAUUACCAAUCACUCCUCGCAACAAGCGACAUCUUUAUCCUCCGAACCGCAGACACAAACAUUCCCAUCGGCUCCGUCAUCCUACGCCAAGACCCUCUCACCAAUUCACUUAAGAUCAACAACCUCGUUGUCGAUCCCAUGGCUCAGGGCCGUGGUUAUGGCCGGAUUCUAACCGAGUACUGUGAAAAAGCAGCGCGGGCGCAAGGUCGUACAGCUUUAACGCUGUUCACGAAUAUCAAGAUGUAUGAGAAUCUCGGUCUAUAUGCAAAACUAGGCUUCGUGGAGGCGGAGAGGAAGAUUGAGGAUGGUUACGAACGGGUCUACUUUCGAAAGGAUUUACUAUGAGAAACUGGGGAGCGAAUUUUACCCGCUAAAGGCUUCAAGUAACUAUGCUGUUUUCCUUCCAGAACCUUGUGUCUGAUUGAAAUACAAUCGUCUUUAGUACAAGUCGAGAGAUAGCUUGAAUGAACAACACUGCUGUGAUAGCAGCUG